CCUGCUCAUUUCAGCUCGUAUGCUGAGGGGCCAGACUCAGCGGUGGAGAGCAGAGAGAAUGCCUACGCACAGCUGGAGCUCAGGACGCUGGAGCAGGCCCUGCUGGCUACCUGUGUGGGCAGCCUCUCUGAACUCAGUGACUUGGUCUCACGUGCAAUGCACCAUAUGCAGCGUUUAGUUUCAGCAAGUCCCAGUCUUAGUCCUGGACGUCCUUUCUGCCUGCAGCCCAUCUCCUGGUCUCCAGAUGCUCUUCACACACUCUAUUACUACCUAUGCAGUCCACAGAUGGAGUCUCUGGAGAACCCCAACCUUGAGCCACCCAGGAUAGCCCUUAGCAAAGAAAGGCCUUUUCCUCUUCUUCCUCCUCUGAUGGAGUGGAUGCGAGUCUCUAUGGUGCAUGCGGAGCAUCGACGGAGCCUGUUAGUGGACAGUGAUGAUGUCAGACAGACUGCCCGACAGCUACUUCCUGGACUGGACUGUGAACCUCGACAGCUCAAGCCAGAGUGCUGUUUCACCUCCUUUAAACGUCUAGAUUCAAAGGCUGCCGCAGACAAGUUUAAUCUGGAUCUUGGUUUCCGGAUGCUCAACUGUGGCCGCACUGAUCUGAUUGGCCAGGCUAUCCAGCUUCUGGGCCCGGAUGGGGUGAACACAAUGGAUGACCAGGGCAUGACUCCUCUGAUGUACGCCUGCUCAGCAGGGGACGAGGCUCUAGUGCACAUGCUCAUUGAUGCUGGUGCAAACUUGGAUGUAGCGGUGCCCAACUGUUCACCAAAACAUCCCUCUGUCCAUCCUGAGAGCCGCAGCUGGGUGGCCCUUACCUUUGCUGUGCUGCAUGGACACAUAUCUGUAGUGCAGCUCCUGUUAGAUGUGGGAGCAGAUGUGGAGGGCACAGCCCUGAGAAACGGCCACCAAAGCUCAGCAGAAACACCUCUCCAGCUGGCAUCAGCCGCAGGUAACUACGAGAUGGUUAGUCUGCUGUUGUCCCGUGGCGCUGACCCAAUGCUGCGGGUGCAUCUGACAUCCUCACUCUAUGAGGGCAUGAACUGCUUCAGUCACGCUGCAGCGCAUGGACACAGGAAUGUGUUGAGGAAGCUCUUGAGUCAGCCCCAGUGGCUGCAGGAAGACGUGCUUUCUCUGGAGGAGAUCCUGGCAGAGGGAGUAGAGGAGCAGGAGAAACAGGAAAUGAAGGAUGGAGCAAAUGCAAAGUCUGUCUGCACUCCACGGCUGUGUAAAGCCCGCAUCAGAGCGCUGCAGGAAGCCAGCCUUCACAGCGCUGAGCACGGAUAUCUGGACGUCACCAUGGAGCUCAGAGCACUGGGAGUGCCUUGGAAGCUGCACGUAUGGCUAGAGUCAGUGCACAGUGCCCAGCUCCAGUCCAGGACUGAACUCACACUUUCUCUCCUUAAAGACUUCACCACUAUUGGGGAUGAAAAAUACUGCGAGGAGCUGCUCUCAGAGGGCCUUCCACUCCUCUUCUCCAUUUUUAAAACUAGCAAGAGUAAGGAUAUCCGUAAGCAGCUGGCAGUCAUCUUCAGCCACUGUGUUUGCUCUACAGCCGCCCCGUGUAUUCUGGCAGUAAAGGACACACCUACAGCUCAGCUGGAUGCUCAUUUUCUGAAUAACACAGAGAUGUCUGAUGUGAUAUUUGUGGUGGAGGGAAGGCCGUUUUAUGCCCACAGAGUUCUGCUCAUGUCUGCUUCACAGAGGUUCAGAGACUUACUGAGUCUCUACAGGAGUAAUGGCACAUCAGACCACAUGGCUAUUGAAAUCACUGACAUAAAAUACAGCACGUUCCAGAUGAUGAUGGCACAUCUUUACUGUGGAGGAGCAGAAUGUUUAGACGUGUCUGUGUCUGAUUUGCUGGAGCUUCUUCCCGUGGCCCACUCAUUCCAGCUUCAAGUUUUGAAGCGACACUGUGAAAUCCUCUGCUCAGAGAGAAUAAACCUCAACAACGCUGUGAGCAUCUACCAGACUUCCAAAGUGUGUGAGGCGGUGGAGCUGGCAGUGUUCUGUGAAGGCUUCUUCCUGCAGAACAUGGUCGAUCUUCUGGUCUGUGAGCAGUUUGAGGAGCUGCUGCUGGGUUCUGACUGCAGCACUGCGCUGGAUCCAGAUGCUCUGGAUGGUCUUCUGGCUACACUGGCCUCACGGCUGCACUCACUUUGUGGGCCGCGUCGAGCUUGAGCACAUGAGUUAAACCAUUGUUGGAAAACCAACAAAUCUCAGAUGUGCAGGCAGGCGUGUGACCUCCCAUACAAACACAGUUUAUAUGUUUGUUAACCUUCG